UUGCGCCUUCAAACUAGAACUCGCAUUCACUUCCGUCAGCAUCAGGAUAUUUUUUGUUGGCUCUCUUCCUCUUGUCUCAACUCUCUAGUCGUGUCGCCUUCAGGCCAUGAGGUGGCGCUCCAAGAGUAAACCGUCUUUUUAAACAACGAAGAAGUAGGCGGAGCUUCCCGCCAAUUUUGAGGAUGUAAACAGAACUCUGGCGAAGACAUCCGAGUUUUGAUUUAGUUAGAGUUAUUAUAAUUAAACAGCGCGUUUUGUUUUUAGAAAAUGAUUCCAAACGGAAAAGGCUCGGGGGAUUCGACCCUGCAUGCAACCAGUAGCGAGAGCGACUCCAUCAAAGUUUUUGUGCGAGUACGACCUUUGACCCAGGGCACUGGCUUGACCACGGAUGGUGAUCAGAAUCUAUGUCUCACUGUCACCUCACCCAACACCAUUCGCCUGCACUCGAAGCCAGAGCCGCGGACAUUCACCUAUGACCAUGUGGCGGACAUGGACACGUCUCAGGACUCAGUAUUCUCCAGUGUGGCUAAGAAUAUAGUGGAGUCAUGCAUGAAUGGAUACAACGGCACCAUUUUUGCCUAUGGACAAACAGGAUCAGGGAAAACAUUCACAAUGCUAGGUCCGUCUGAGCUGAACAACUUUACAGAUGAUCUACGAGGGGUUAUUCCCCGAAGCUUUGAGUACCUGUUUUUCCUCAUCAAUCGAGAGGUGGAGAGGUCCUCUAAGGUCAAAAGUUUCCUCUGCAAAUGCUCCUUCAUUGAAAUAUACAAUGAGCAAAUCUACGACCUCCUAGACACAGCCUCAGCCAGCCUCUUUAUCCGGGAGAACAUCAAGAAGGGCGUGUUUGUGGAGGGCGCUGUGGAGAAGUUUGUCAACUCGGCUGCUGAAGCUUACCAGGUUCUCUCUAUGGGCUGGCAGAACCGUCGCGUGGCCUCCACGUCGAUGAAUCGCGAGUCGUCGAGAUCCCAUGCUGUCUUCACCAUGACCCUGGAGUCUAAAGAAACAGUCAAUGAAGUGGUGAAUAUCCGGAUGUCCCAGCUGAACCUGGUGGAUUUGGCUGGCUCUGAGAGACAGAAAGACACACACACAGAAGGCUCCAGACUGAAGGAGGCGAGCAGCAUCAACCGCUCCCUCAUGUGUCUGGGCCAGGUCAUCAUGGCGCUGGUGGACGUGUCCAAUGGAAAGAACCGACACAUUUGCUACAGAGACUCUAAACUCACCUUCUUGUUACGGGAUUCACUUGGAGGAAAUGCUAAAACGUACAUCAUCGCCAACGUGCAUCCAGGUUCUAAGUGUUUUGGAGAAACUUUGUCCACGCUGCAGUUUGCACAGAGAGCGAAGCUCAUUAAGAACAAGGCCAUUGUCAACGAAGACACGCACGGGAACGUGAGGCAGCUGCAGGCUGAGGUGAGGAAGCUGAAGGAGCAGCUGGCUAAAGUACUCGCCUCAAACACGCUCGAAGGUGGAAGAGAUUCAGCUCCAGGACGACCAGAGCUUCCCAAGACUGACACCUCUGUGGAAGUCCAGCACGAUGUUUCCUAUAGGGCCAAGUUCAUGGCUGCAGUCCAACUGUGGAGGAAGAGAGAAGAGGAGAAAAAGGUCCUGCUGAAGAAGCAGUCCCAGCUGGAGGAGGCCUGGGCGCAGAAGGACAAGUUCAUUCACUCCAGCCGCAUGAUUGUCCGGUUUCGGGAGGACCACAUUGCUCGCCUGGAGAAGAACAUCAAGGAGGAACGAGGCUGUUUGUCUGAAGAGGAGUCUCAGGCCCAGAUCAACCAGCUGAGGGAGGAAAUUAAGAUUUUGAAAGACCAGGUGGAGCACCACCCCAGGAUGACCCGAUAUGCAGCAGAGAACACCAGCCUCAGAGAAGAGAUCACCCGGCUCCGCUCCCUCGACUCUGUGAUGAAGGCAGAGGAGAUGGAGGCCCGGCGUGCAGAGGAGCUGGAAGAAGCUUUCCAGACGGCAAUGGAGAGAGAAACGCUCACAGCGACAGGAUCCUCUUCCAGUUCUCUGGCGGACAGUGUUUCAGCUGCUGCCAUCCAGAAACUGCAAGCUCAGCUGCUUCAGAAAACGACGGACUUCACAGCAGUUCUUCACGCCUUCGAGGAGUAUAAGGAAAUCACAAAGAAGCAGAUGUCUCAGCUGGAGUCGGAGAAAAGGUACCUGGACAAGUCCAACAAACACCUGGAGAACAUUCUGGAAGCUACAAACUCCUACAAGAAGCAGGAAGUUUCUGAGUUGAACAGGAUUCACGUGGAAACUCUGAAGAUUUUCACCACGCCCUCCAAAAAGUACAACCAGUGCGGGCCUCUGGCGCCACUCUCCAGCCCAGAACACAUCAACGGCACAAACGGUGGCGAUAUCUGGGACGAGCAGCCUCCGUCAGCCAUGACCGAGAUGGCUCUGACUGAGGAGCUCCGACUAGUGCAGGAGCAGGCCAGUCAGGUGCAGACUCAGCUGGGGGAGGAGGAGAUGAGGAACAGCAAGCUCCUGCAGCAAAUCGCUAAACUGGAGGAGCAAAUCACGAUGCUGUCGCAGGAGUCGGAACGCAAAGAUGAGCUACUCGCAGCUGAGCGUGCAGUCAGGAGUAAAGACCAGGCGAACCUGCAGGAAACUAUCAGCAAGCUAGAGCAGAGCCUCCAUACAGAGCAGACGGCUGCAGAAGUUCUGAAGAGUGAGAUCCAAGACCUUCGCCUGGUUCUGCAGUCGUCUGAUAAAGAGCUGAGCCAUUUGAAGACGGAGCUGACCGGCAUCCAGACGGAGCACCAGAGCGAGACCAGCCAACUCUCCAGCAGCCUCAUCAGCACCCAGCUCCAGCUCGACAAAGUCCAGAUGGAGUGGGAGCAGCUUCUGGAGCAGCACCGCACGCUGCAGGACUGCCACGACCAGCUGCAGGCUGAGACCAAGUUUGAGGCCGACCAGGCGAGGCAGCAGCUGCAGGACAGGCGGCAGGAGAUCCUGGAUCUGAAGAUGGAGAUCACGGAAUUACAAAGCUCCCUGCAGAUGGAGCAAGAGCACACCAGCAGCCUCACCUCGCAGUUCAGAGAGAACCGCGAGAACACACUGAAGGAACUCACUGAAACAGUGGAGGAGAACGCACAUCUCAGUAAACAAGUUUCCAACCUCACGCAACAAAACCUGCAGCAGGUGGCCAAACUGGCUUCUCUGGCGCAGAAUCUGGCAGCUUCUGAUGAGCAGAUCAAGAUCUUGGAGCAGAAAAUCGAACAGGACAAGGAUGUUGUCCUGAAUUUGAUCAACCAAACUCGAGAGCUCCGCAGCGAGCUGAGCCAGAAGGAAGGAACAGUUUCUCAUCUGUCUGGAGAAGUGACUGACAUCACAGUCAAGUACAAUGCUGCCUGCCUGGAGCGAGAGAGUCUGAAGGAGCAGAGCUGCAAGCUGGAGUCAGAAGUCUGCGAGCUGAAAGAAGCUUUGGAGAGAGCUGGUGCGUCAAACAAAAUCGAGGUGGAGAUCCUGCAGGACGAGGUGACUUACGCCAUGGAGGAGGUGGAAAGACUCACCAAGGUGUUGGACGAGCAGAAUGUUCUCCUCCAGGCCGCUCAGGAGCAGGUGGCUGAGAAGGAGACGCUGGUAGAGAGUCUGCAGCAAAAGGUGCAGCAGCAACAGGAUGCUGUGGAAAAGACGGUGAGGUAUGGAACCCUCAAACACAUGGAGGUUGCCGUCACCCCCAAAUCCUCCCCUCGGACGCCGUGUACGCCCGGGAGCUUCGGCAAGGACCUGAACCAGCUGCUGGAGUCUCAGGAGCGGGAGCUGGAGAACCGGCGCUCCUCCAUGAUGACCAUGGAGAUACUUUUAGCGGAACUCCAUGCUGAGAGAUCAGCGAAGAACGAUGAGAUCCAGAGGCUGAAGAUGCAGCUGAAUGAGAAAGAGAUUGUCCGGCUGGAGAUCCAGACUCUGCUGAAUCAGUUCUACACCAAGAACAGCCAGAUGACUGAGAACGGGAACAGCGAGGAUGUGAUUGAAACCAUCAAGCAGUCCAUCCUUAAGGAGCUACAGGAGGAGAGAGUGGAGAAGGGCGCGGUGCUGCAGCGCCUCACUGAGACUCAGAACAAACUGAAAGCUCAGGAGGCGAUGCUGGCCCAGUCUCAGACCUGCGUCCAGGAGCUGACCACUGAGCUGAGGAAUCGCUGCCUGGAGCUGAGAGAGCUGAGCCACAGGGCCAGCGAGGAGGAAAGGCUGGUCAAGGAGAUUGAGGUUCUGCGAAAGCAAAACGUCCAGUUGUCGGAGGAGAAUGGAAAACUGGUGGGACACAAGAACCACAAGCAGAAGAUUGAGUAUUUGGUGAAGCUGAAGAAGGAGAACACCAAACUCCACGAGGAGAACGAGAGGCUGCGAUCGCAGGUGAGCCACUUCUCGGACAGAAUGGAGUCGUCCGUGUUGGACUUUGAAUCCAGCUGAACCAGCCACAAGGAAUGUUUGGAGUCGCGGGGGGUUUAAUGUUGUAAUUAUCCGAUAUGUUCUUACCGCUCUUGACAAGGCAGCGGAGGCGUCCUGUCUCAUUGUGAAACUGUAAUAAACAAAUG